UAUUUCUGAUAUCCUAUUGUGUAUCCAGUGGCUCGAACGACCCCAGCCAAACAGCUAAAGCCAACAGGCCAACGAGUGGUGUAUCUUGAUGUGCGUUCAGCUCGGUUCAGCCCCCCUCUACAUGUGGAAAAUCGACAUGUGAAAUAAACAUUCCUGCCCGAUGAAAAAAGCGAUGAGGACCCGAUCCAUCUCACCACCACUACAUGUACACGUGAACGAGACCACGCCUGUGCAUGUACACGUGAAGAAGACCAGGAGCCCUGCCAGGACACCACAGGGGAAGACAAAGGGUGAAGGAGCGAACCUGCGACCUACUGCGAAGGUCAAGACAAGGGUGCCGUGGAUACCUCCUGGGAAAGCCUCCAUAAGGGACGCCUCCUACAAAUGGGAGGGGCCAACUCAUCGUCUGGAGAUCACACCAUUAACUGAGCUAGAGACCUCCCACUCACCACUGCGAUUGGCCGACCUUUCGUAUGAGGAGGAGGAAGUGUUACAUGGACGAAUCAGCCAGUACGAGAGGAAAAUUGACAGCCUGAUGACUGAGGUCAGCUCGUUGAAGAGUGAGGUAGAGCUGCGGAAGAAGGAACAGCAGCUGGAGCGCCAGUCAGAGAAGCUGAGCGUAUCUCAGCGGGUCAUCGAGGAGCAGGAGGAGGAGUUGGCUGAGGUGGCCAAGGAGCUGGAGGUCACCGAGAGGGAGAACUCCCGCCUGCGACAGUCCAUGGAGAAGAUGUUGGAGGAGACCGACUGCAACAGCAGACUGGAGAGGUCUAUGGAGUCCAUGCAGCUGGAGAAGGAAGUUCUGCUCAGGAAGCUGAUGGAAGCCGAACUUGACGGGACGUCCGCUGCCAGGCAGGUGUCUGCCCUGCGAGAGACCGUCACCAAGAUGAGGAGCGCCAGCAAGAUGUCCGGUUCGGAGGGUUCCCUCCUGGCGCGUCAGAAGGAGCUGCUGCUGCAGAAGCUGGAGACGUUUGAGGCAACCAAUCGCACUCUUCGCCACCUCCUGAGGGAGCAGCAUGGACGUGAGAUGGAAACCGUGAGGAUGUUGGAGCAGAAAGAUGUUCUUCUGAAGAGGCUGGUGGAGACACAAUCAGAAAACUCACAUCUUGUGGGGAAACUCCAGGAGAAAGAGAAAGAAGUGAAUCAACUGACUGCUCUUCUGGACACUGAGAAGGAGAACGCUAAGACCACAGGUGAACUGUCUAAAGUGUUGGAAUCUACUCGGGCCCACUUGCAGAGCCAGUUACGCAGUAAAGAGGCUGAAAACAAUCGUCUUGCCGUGCAGAUCAAGAACCUGGAGCGUGCAGCCAAUCAGCAGCAGGGCGAGAUGGAUCAUCUGCUUGAGCAACUGCGUGGCCUAAAACUUCAGGCUGAAGCCGAUAAAGAGGCCCUGAAGAGAGCAACACGGGCCCAGAAACACCGGGCGGAACGAAGCGAAGACACAGCCGGUCAGCUCAGUGCCAAGUUACUGGACAUGGAGAACCAGAUGGCCGAAGCCAUAUCAGCAGCAGAGAGCUGGCGUAGUCGCCACGCCCAGGAACUGAAGGACAAAGCUCAGCUGGAGAAGGAGGUCUCGGUCCUCAACAGCCGAGUGUCAGACCUGACGGAGCAGCUUCAUGGGGCUGAGGAUAAGGGUCGGGCUGAGAGGGAGGGCCUGCUGGACCGUCUGCACACUCUCACUACAGAAGCCACCCACACCAAGCUGGAGAACCAGAGCCUCAAGGCCACCUUGUCUGCGGUUGAGGAGAAGUUGUCUCUGUCCCAGUCAGAGGUACAGCAGGUCAAAGCCUCGGUGAAGCAAUACGAGAGCCUAGUGGACAGCUAUAAGACCCAGGUGGUGAAGACAAGGGCGGAGGCAGACGAGUACUGUGCCAGGCUUGGUCAGGCGGAGCGCGAGGCUCGGGAGGUCCGGGACCAGGUGGAGAGGGAGGUGGAGGCGGUGCGCAGGGAUCUGCUGGGGCGUCUGGCCGAACUGGAGCCUCUUCCCGAGGCGCUGCGGCGCUCCGAGCUCCUGCUGGAGGAAACUCAGGAGAGGGAACGCACCCAGGAGAGGCGUAGCAAUGAGCUGAGCACCGCCCUGGCCGACCUGCGGAUGAAGGUGGAGCAACAGGGCAGUCAGGUCGAGCUGGUGAGGCAGAAGAACUCUCUACUGUUGGAGGAGAACAAACAUCUGCAGCACCGCGUGGAGAGCCUGGAGAGGAAGCUGGAGGAGGCCAAAUGUCAAAACCAGGACCUGUUGGCCGUGGUGGCCAAGCGAGAGGAGACCAUCCACGGCAACCAGCUUCGCCUGGAGGAGAAGUCCCGGGAAUGCACCCACCUGACCCGGCAGCUGGAAGAGGCCUUGGAUGAUGCUCGACGCCAGGUGUCCCAGACCCGUGAGCGGGCGGCCACCAAAGAGCGCUCCACACAGUCCAAGGUGGUGGACCUGGAGACCCAGCUAAGCAGGACCGCCUCAGAACUCGCCGCCCUCCGUCGCAGCAAAGAGGAGGCGGAGCGGAGGUACCAGUCUCGGCUGCAGGAUGUGAAGGAUCGACUGGAACAAUCGGACAGCACCAACAGGAGUCUGCAGAACUACGUCCAGUUCCUCAAAGCCUCCUAUGCCAACGUGUUUGGAGACUCGGCGCUCACCAGCACUCUGCGGGCACCCUCUCCCAUCUGAGGGAAUCGACCCAAGAGACACUCUGAACACACGUUUUCUUCAGGGCUCGACUCUGAGGGGACUCUGAACACACGUUUUCUUCAGGGCUCAACUCUGAGGGGACUCUGAACAGACAAACAUAUUUAUCUAGGUCUGUACUCAGUGCUCAUUUCACCUAUUUAUUAUGUUGAUUUCAUAUAUAUGUGUACACUAAAUGGUUUUGGCAUAUACAUUCAAUAUACAGUGUAUCAACUUGGUUACAUUUAUCCACAGUCCACAAGUCAACAUGGUUACAAUGGUUGAACAAAAUAAUCUGAGAGUAAGGUCACUAAUUGUUACUGUCCUAUAGUUCUGUGGUUCUCAAACUGGGGUCUGCAGAGGGUCCUUGACCAGAUCAAUUAACAUUAUGUAUUACUUACAACAAUACACUAAAUUGUUUUAUCAAAGUGAUGGGGCUCUUAUGGUUUGGUCCCAUGGUAAAAAUGCGGACCUGUGCACAUGCUCAGAUACAGUGACCGUCGGAGCGAAAGGUAUUGCAUCUCACUCAUCUAAGUAACAUCUGCUUGUGGCAAUGCCACUGCGCCGAGUGCACCUUCAAAACUGACUUUCAGUUGACUCUCAGCCACAUGGCAAAAUGUGUUGAGUUGCAGGAAAUUUGCUUGAAAACUGAAUGUUUUCUGUUGCCACGUGGUUUGCAUUUCAAAUGGCCGCAACACUUUGUUUGUUCAGCCAUGUACCAGCAGUAAAACUCUCUUCAAUGUUAUUUUUACCUUACUCUAGUUUGCUGUUGAUUGUGAGAAGUUAAUUGGUUUAAUUGGAUAACAGCAAAAGGGUCCCUGGUCCCAAAAAGUCCAAAAUGUCCUUCUAACUGCAGUAUGUAUUCACCUCUGCUGCAUCAUUCUGUACUGUACUGUUACGAAGUAGCCACCCAUCUAGAAAAUAUCCUGUACCAAACCCUGUCACGUUAGUCUCAUAUCGAUCAUUUGUCAUCUUACAGAUUUAGGAAAUGGUUUGGUUGGUGCUAUGACCAGGUAAGCCUGGUCCAAUAUGUUUGUGCGAUCACAUCAGCUCCUUGUCAUGAUUGGCUCCACCUACAUGUAUAGAAGCCAGCAUCUGGUUUUAGGGGAAACCGAAGUAUGGUAGAAGGUGACCCAAAUCUAUUAAAACUGUAAGUUUCCAUUUUAUGUGAAUUUGGCUUUGAAAUGAGCGGUAUGAUAGCAUAAACAUACAGUAGACCCAGGCUAAUAAUUGGUGCUAUAUUAUAACCAGGGCCAUAUCAGUGGAAGCAGUGAUUUUGUUUGAGCAGUUUACUGUUUAUCUGUGUGAGUAUUUGUCUAAAUGUGAUGCCCACAAAGAGUAUCAACAGUGAAGCAGUUGUGUUCUUGUCAAUCAUUUAAAUGUCUGCUUCUACUUUAAUUAUGAAAUAGGAUAUAUAUUUUUAAUCACCAAGUAUUUUAUAUAUCUUGAA